GCUCUCGAUCUAUUGGAGAAAACCCUAGUCCUCUGUCUAUUCUUCUUCAUUGUCAAGAUGGUUUGUUUUAGAGGAUAUAAGCGAAGCACAAACACUGCUGCGGAGAUUAAGGAAAUGCGUGCUCUGAUCGAGAAGCUGUUUAGCGAGUUGAAUGCAAGACAGGACAAAUUGGAUCGCUCACUUUCAGAGUUGCAUGCAAGACAGGAAAAGUUUGAUCAGUCACUUUCAGAGUUGAAGCAAUCCAUUGAAUCUUCUAGGGCUCAAGAGGAAUCCGCCAUGAAUGAUGAAGAGCCAUCUAAGGGGCGUGGAAAAACCCUAACUGCAGAGGAAAAAAAAAUAGACAUGGCGAUAACAAUUGAUGCUGCUCUAGUACAAGGUUGCUGUGUGACUGGGUUUCAUGGGAAUCAAUCCUUGACUGUCCUAAUGGCUUUAGAUGAGGCUUCGCACAAUUUUAUUGAUGAAUCCUUUGCUGAUAAGCUAGGUUGUGACUCAUUUCCAAUCAAGCCCCGAAAUGUUAGGUCGCCUUCUGGGAAAUUUGUGACCUCCAGAGCAUGCAAAAACUUUCAAUUGUCACUGCAAGGCACCGUGUUUAGUUUGGAUUGCUAUCUACUUCCAUUGUCGGCAAACUGUGACAUGGUAUUAGGAGUUGAAUGGGUACGGACCCUUCAGCAAUGUUUAGUUGAUAUUGGGGCUGUGGAGUUUCUCUUUCAAGGUAAGUCGCACCAUAUAUAUUUCAACAACGCACUUGGAGGCAGCAACCGUUGAGAGUACUGUGGCCUCAAAUUUCAUAGUAGUAAUUGACCUCUUUUAUGUGUUUUGUUUUCCCUAAGGGUUGAUCUCUCCCUAAAAAUUCCCCCACUCUAUUAAAGUUAUUAGUUCUGUUUUUGCAUUUUCCUAACAAGAAUUCUCCAUCUAUGAGGAAGUAAUUGUAGUUGAUUAUCUACCAGUAUUAUAGUAUGUGAGUUGUUGCAGUGUCACUGCUAUUGUGAAUAAAUUAUUGAUUGUUUGUUGAA